AUGUACGCGGUCGACCUACAUGGCAACAGAGCGACAUGUCUUUUCUACGUGGAAAAUACGCUGACUGAGCUACCAGUGAAUUGCCCAGACCUGAGCAGAACGGUCGCCACUGACAUAGGACUGCCCACAUAUUCUUACACCCCUUCCAUAGAGGCCAGUGACGUCACAAAGUCCACUUCCGGGUACAGAUACCACGGAGGUGCAGUUUCUGUGGAUCCUACAAUGGCCAUUGGUAGCAAGCUAGAUGUCGGUACCCAUCCAGACACAGUCUUGAUUUCGGAUGAGGUGCUGAGUAAGACGUGCAUAGGGUUUAUUGUUGUACAGGGAACAACACCAGGAACCACUCAGGCUACAACACCUGCAACAACACCUGGAACAUCGCCAGGAACGACACCCGGAACAACACCUGGAACAACACCUGUGACAACGCCAGCUACAACAUCUGGAAGAACACCUAGAACAAUACCAGGCACAACACCAGGAACAACUCCAGGAACAACACCAGAAACCACUCCGGCUACAACACCUGCAAAAACACCUGCAACAGCGCCAGGAACGACACCCGGAACAACACCUGGAACGACACCUUUGACAAUGCCAGCUACAACACUUGGAACAAUACCUGGAACAACACGAGGCUCAACAUCAGGAAAAACCCCUGGAACCACUCCAGCUACAACACCUGCAACCACGCCAGGAACGACAACCGGAACAACACAUGCAAAAACAUCUGUGACAACACCUGGAACAACACCAGGCACAACACCAGGUACUACACGAGGCACAACACAAGGAACAACACGAGGAACCACUCCGGCUACAACAUCUGCAAUAAAACCUGCAACAACACCAGGAACGACACCCGGAACAACAACUGGAACAACACCUGUGACAACGCCAGCUACAACAUCUGGAAGAACACCUAGAACAACACUAGGGACAACACCAGGAACAACUCCAGGAACAACACCAGAAACCACUCCGGCUACAACACCUGCAACAACACCUGCAACAACACCAGGAACGACACAUGCAACAACACCUGUGACAUCACCUGGAACAACACCUGUGACAACGCCAGCUACAACACCUGGAACAACACCUAGAACAACACCAGGCACAACACCAGGAACAACUCCAGGAACAACACCAGAAACCACUCCGGCUACAACACCUGUGACAUCACCUGGAACAACACCUGUGACAACGCCAGCUACAACACCUGGAACAACACCUAGAACAACACCAGGCACAACACCAGGAACAACUCCAGGAACAACACCAGAAACCACUCCGGCUACAACACCUGCAACAACACCUGCAACAACACCAGGAACGACACCCGGAACAUCAACUGGAACGACACCUUUGACAACGCCAGCUACAACACCUGGAACAAUACCUGGAACAACACGAGGCACAACACCAGGAACAACACGAGGAACCACUCCGGCUACAACACCUGCAACAAAACCUGCAACAACGCCAGGAACGACACCCGGAACAUCACCUGGACCAACACCUGUGACAACGCCAGCUACAACACCUGGAACAACACCUGGAACAACACCAGGCACAACACCAGGUACUACACCAGGCACAACACUAGGAACAACUCCAGGAACAACACCAGAAACCACUCCGGCUACAACACCUGUGACAUCACCUGGAACAACACCUGUGACAACGCCAGCUACAACACCUGGAACAACACCUAGAACAACACCAGGCACAACACCAGGAACAACUCCAGGAACAACACCAGAAACCACUCCGGCUACAACACCUGCAACAACACCUGCAACAACACCAGGAACGACACCCGGAACAUCAACUGGAACGACACCUUUGACAACGCCAGCUACAACACCUGGAACAAUACCUGGAACAACACGAGGCACAACACCAGGAACAACACGAGGAACCACUCCGGCUACAACACCUGCAACAAAACCUGCAACAACGCCAGGAACGACACCCGGAACAUCACCUGGACCAACACCUGUGACAACGCCAGCUACAACACCUGGAACAACACCUGGAACAACACCAGGCACAACACCAGGUACUACACCAGGCACAACACUAGGUAAGGUCAAGUUUUGUUUGAGGUUUAAAGGUAGACAAAUUACUCUACUUAAAAGGAGUUGGGUUCUCUGA